ACACCUGCCCGGUCACGUGACCAUGUGCUUCUUUGCCUCCGCGAGCUGCUUUCCUGUCGGUGUUACGCGUUCACAAGAAGCAGGAACUACCACAGAGUGUAAAAAGUGCUGGAUAUAUAGAGAUAGAAACAUCCUCCUCGGAAUUUGGGGAGAAAGAGGGGAAAAACGAAAGGAAAACACGCCUCGUCCAGCCAGUUUUUCAGGUUUAAGUCGAGCCUCCAGUCAGCCAGGUAGCGGAAGGGAGAGGAAGGAAGAGCAGUCGGUUGGAGACGGACGGAGGCGGUGGACAGCAUGAACUAUUAAUGACCGGAUUUUUGGUCUCCGGACGUUAAAAAUAUUCAUUUUGAGAGAAGCUCGAUAGCAACCGUUCAAGAUGAGUCGCCCUCGUGUGGACUCGGAGGACUCCCUGUCGCCUGAUGAUGAGGUGAUGCCAUACAGUGAUGAUGAGACUGAUGACGAGGUGGAGCCUGAGGACGAAGAGGUACAACCGAGUGUCCCUGCCUUGGAACCUGAAGUAGGAUGGAAGAUCAAAGCGAACGACAGAGAUUUUUGCAAUCUCCCCGAAUUCAAGAAGAAGACGUUUUUGUGCUUCAAGAAGAGCAAGUACUCUGGAAAUGGAAUCAGAACGUAUAAGUACAACUUCUUCACCUUCCUCCCCCUGAACCUAUUCGAGCAGUUCAAAAGAGCAGCCAAUUUCUACUUCCUCGUCUUGUUGAUCCUGCAGAUAAUCCCGCAAAUCACCACUCUGCCCUGGUACACCACGUUAGUGCCCCUAGUGUUGGUGCUUGGUAUCACCGCUAUCAAAGAUCUUAUGGAUGACCUGGCACGCCACAGGCUGGACAAGGAGAUCAACAACAGGAAGUGUGAGGUGCUCCUCAAUGGCAGUUUUAAGGAGUCCAAGUGGAUGGACAUUCAAGUUGGUGACGUGGUCCGACUGAAGAAAAACGACUUCAUUCCCGCCGACAUUUUCUUAUUGUCCAGCUCUGAACCAAACAGCCUGUGUUAUGUAGAGACAGCAGAACUGGAUGGAGAGACUAAUCUGAAGUUUAAGAUGGGAUUGAAGGUGACCCAUGAGAGGCUGCAGGAGGAGAAACAGCUGGCGGAUUUUGAUGCCAUGAUCAUUUGCGAAGAACCAAAUAACCGCUUGGAUAAGUUCACUGGCACUAUGCAGUGGAACAAGGAGUCAUACUCACUAGACCUGGAUAACAUGCUGCUCAGAGGCUGCACGGUCCGCAACACAGAGGAGUGCCGAGGACUCGUCAUAUAUGCAGGAGCGGACACUAAGAUUAUGAGGAAUGGCGGAAAGACACGGUUCAAACGCACCAAGAUAGAUUAUCUUAUGAACUACAUGGUGUACACGAUUUUCGUGAUGCUAAUCCUGAUCUGUGCCGGCCUGGGGAUAGGACACUCGUUCUGGUACGACGAAAUCGGCAGUAAGGCCUGGUAUCUGUACGACGGCCUAAACCAGCCGCCGUCUUACAGAGGGUUCCUUACCUUCUGGGGCUACAUCAUCGUCCUUAACACUAUGGUGCCCAUCUCACUCUAUGUGAGUGUGGAGGUGAUCCGUCUGGGUCAGAGCAAGUUCAUAAACUGGGAUCUGCAGAUGUACUACGCUGAGAAGGACACCCCAGCCAAGGCUCGUACCACCACGCUGAACGAGCAGCUCGGCCAGAUCGAGUACAUCUUCUCAGACAAGACGGGUACUCUCACGCAGAACAUCAUGGCCUUCAAGAAGUGCACCAUCAGCGGCGUCACGUACGGAAAUCCGAUCACUAAAGACGGAGUGACUGUGGACCGUGCAAACCCUGUUGACUUCAGCUGGAACAAGUACGUGGACAGAAAUUUCCAGUUCUCUGACACCAAGCUCGUUUCCGUCAUCCGAUCGAAAAAAGACCAAGACGUGCUGGAGUUCUUCAAGCUGCUUUCACUCUGCCACACCGUUAUGGCAGAGCAUAAGGAUGGUGAGCUGGUGUACCAGGCUGCAUCUCCGGAUGAAGGCGCUUUGGUCACAGCGGCUCGCUGCUUUGGCUUCGUGUUCCUGUCGCGCACUCAGGACACCAUCACCAUCAGUGAGAUGGGGACGGAGGCCACAUACGAGAUGCUCGCUCUCCUAGACUUCAACAGCGACCGAAAACGCAUGUCUGUCGUCUUGCGGCUUCCAAACGGUCGUAUUCGACUGUACUGUAAAGGAGCCGACACUGUGAUCUACCAGCGCCUCAGUCCUGCCUCAUUACACACAGCGACCACAGAGGAGGCUCUAAACAUUUUUGCCAACGAGACUCUGCGCACAUUGUGCCUGUGUUAUAAAGACAUCAGCGACGCUGAGUUUGAAGUAUGGACUCAUAAACACAAGGAGGCCAGCGUGGUCAUGUCCAACCGGGACGAGGCUCUGGAUGCAGUCUACGAACUCAUCGAGACGAACCUGAUGCUGAUCGGAGCAACCGCCAUUGAAGACAAGCUUCAAGAUGGAGUUCCAGAGACCAUCGCCAACCUGGCCAAGGCUGAGAUCAAACUUUGGGUUCUUACUGGGGAUAAGAAAGAGACCGCUGAGAACAUUGGCUACUCUUGUGAGCUGCUGACGAAUGACAUGACUAUUCACUACGGAGAGGAUGUAAAUCAGAAGUUGUUUGACAGACAGGCCAAGCGGAGAAGCGAGACUGGCGCAGGAAGCAAGGGCAAGAUACAGGAGCAGUUUUUCCCCGACUCUGGCAAGAACGCUCUCAUCAUUACAGGAGGAUGGCUGAACGAGAUUCUGUACGAGAAGAAAAAGAAGCGUCGCCGUCUGCGCCUCCGGCGUCUCGGGAAGCGUGUUCCCCCUUCCAACCCUCAGGACGGCCAACCCCUGAACGACUGGGAGAAAGAGAUGAGGCAGCGUGACUUUGUGGACAUGGCGUGUGAGUGCAGCUCCGUCAUCUGCUGCCGCGUCACCCCGAAACAGAAGGCCAACGUGGUGAGCUUGGUGAAGCGCUACAAGAACGCCGUCACCCUGUCCAUCGGCGAUGGAGCCAACGACGUCAACAUGAUAAAGACUGCAGACAUUGGAGUGGGAAUCAGCGGGCAAGAAGGCAUGCAGGCGGUGAUGUCCAGUGACUACGCACUCGCUCAGUUCCGCUACCUUCAGCGCCUCCUGCUGGUGCACGGCCGCUGGUCCUACAUCCGCAUGUGCAAGUUCUUGCGCUUCUUCUUUUUCAAGAACUUCGCCUUCACCCUGGUUCACUUCUGGUACUCGUUUUUCAGUGGAUAUUCUGCACAGAUUGCUUACGAAGAUUGGUUCAUCACCCUUUACAACGUGCUGUAUAGCAGUUUACCCGUCCUCCUUGUGGGGUUGCUGGAUCAGGACGUGAACGACAAACUGAGCUUGCGCUUUCCGAGGUUGUACCUUCCGGGUCAGCAGGGGUCGCUGUUUAAUUACAAGAACUUCUUCAUCAGUCUCUUUCAAGGCAUCUUCACGUCCCUCAUCAUCUUUUUCAUCCCAUACGGAGCGUUUCUGCAGACGAUGGGGCAGGACGGAGAAGCGCCGUCCGAUUACCAGUCCUUCGCUGUGGUCACUGCGUCCUCGCUCAUCAUGAUCGUCAACCUGCAGAUCUCCUUGGACACCUCGUACUGGACUUUUGUGAACUGCUUCGCCGUGUUGGGAAGUAUAGCCAUUUACUUCGGCAUCAUGUUCGACAUACAGAGUGCAGGAAUACACGUCAUCUUCCCAUCCAACUUCAAAUUCACUGGUGUCGCCGCUAAUGCACUUCGGCAGCCGUACCUGUGGCUCACUAUCAUUCUAACAGUGGGCAUCAGCCUCCUGCCAGUCGUCUGUAUCCAGUUCCUCUGUAAGACCAUCUGGCCCACAGUUGGAGACAAGGUUCUCAGAAACAGGAAGAAGUACGAGAUGGAGGAAGAGCAGAAAAAGAGGGUUCCUGCUUUCCAGCGUGGCGCUCGAUCACGUCGCUCCGCCUAUGCGUUCUCUCACUCCCGAGGCUACGCCGAUCUCAUCGCUUCGGGUCGGAGCAUCCGCCAGAAGCCACGCAAGCGUACGGAUAUUAGCGAGGGCAUCAGGGAGGAACCCAUACCCGAAAACGUCUGAGACGUGGGAGGAACAACAAAAUGCCCUCCCUCCCUUUCACACAAAUUUUACACGUUCAUUCAGCUUCUUUUUUUAAUUAAUUCGGAAAAUGACGCGUAUGAAGAGAUUGCAGAUCCGUUUUUUUGUCAUUUUGGCUCUUAAAACCCCGGGACCGGUUGAUCUGCUCGCCUUCUUUUCAUUAAAGAAAAAAUGAAACCGAAUCCAGGGGAGAAAAGAGUAGGGAAGGUCACGUUAGGGAAGCUCAACACAGCAUCGGUUUGAAUUAGUGAUAAAAAGAGCAGAACGAACCAAACGAGAACGUUUACACAACGUGUAGUGAGCGAGACUUUCUCCCACUCACCAAAAAAAAAAUAAUAAUAAUAAUAAAGAAAACUAGUGCUGGUUUUAAAAAAGAAUAUACUGUGCAUUACAAAUACUAGAUAUCUCAGGAUUUUAUCUUUCCACUUUUUGUUUGUUUGUUUUUAAAAAAAAGGUGCGUUAUAUAAAAUGUUCAUUCAUUAUAACAAUAAAGAUGAAAAAAGUCAAAUAUUGCUUAAAAACACAAGGGUAAAUAUUUGGUAUGUUUUAAUAGGAUUUUUCGUAUUUCACAAAAUCACUGAAUUUACUCGGCAUGUUGAUGCUUUAUGCAGCUCAGACAUCGAUGCAAACAAAAAUCUUAUAAAAGAGGCAUUCAUUUUUGUUCUAACUGAAAUGUGAUUUAUAUAUUUUUACGAAAUCCACAAACACAACCGUGUACUAUGGAAACGUCUGUUCACGUGAUGCACCUUUAAAAGCCUGAAACUCCUCGCACGCCUUCUCUCAAGGUCAUGUUCUUUUCUCGAUCCUUUCCAUAACGACCUUCAGUUUGAUCGAGAACGAGAUCAUAACGUCUCUUAAUUUAUAUAUAGGUUUGUGAAUAUUUUUUUCCUUUUAUCACAUGAAUAUCGACUGUAAAGCUCGAGCCUUUCGUUUUCCACGUGGGAUUAUGCUCGAGCGCACUUUUCUUUUUGGGGGGGGAGGGGGUGUGUGUGGGAUGUCGCAGGUUGGAGAACUUCUAAACAAUGUUUACACUAAGAUAACUACUAUUGCACUUCCGUCUCUAGUUGAGUAGAUCAGAUCAGAAUGGUGUCAUUUUCUUUACACACUUUGACUAGUGUUUGUUGUUCUUUUUUCCUCUCUCUCUCUCUCUCUCUCUCUCUCUCUUUCUCUACCUUCAUGUUUUUCGUGUCAUACAUUUCCCAUAUGUUAGAAAACAAAAUUCUUUUAACAAACUGACAAUUUAGUAGGAUUAAUACUCUACUAUGUAUCAGUAAUAGAAUUGGUAAGUCGAGAGAAAGGUCUAUUUUUAACCAACAACAACAACAAAAAAAACCCCAGACGUACUGUUACAUAUUUAAACUCGAUCUGCCAUGAUGAUUAUUUGUUAUGUGUCUUUGUACUGUUUUCUGAACAGGAAAAUGUGCCUGAAUCGCCAGCGACGCCAGUGCCGUAUGCUUAGAUAGUCAAAUAAAACUACAUUUUACACAAUGUUGUUUUUAACGUAUUGUAAUAUACUUUGUACAAAUAACUAUAAAUAAAGGUGUACAAAUAA